AUGGGCCCCUGUACCGCCUCCUCAUGCUGCUGCCAGGCCCCUAAUCUGCCAUGGGCCCCUGUACCGCCUCCUCAUGCUGCUGCCAGGCCCCUAAUCUGCCAUGGGCCCCUGUACCGCCUCCUCAUGCUGCUGCCAGGCCCCUAAUCUGCCAUGGGCCCCUGUACCGCCUCCUCAUGCUGCUGCCAGGUCCAGAGUCUCUCAUGGGUCCCUGUACGGCCUCCCAUUGCUGCUGUCUCCAUCGCCACACUCUGCCAUGUGCCACUUUCAGGUCUCCUCACACUGCUGUGUGUGUUCAAUUUUUUGACAUAGGGUGCUGGCAGAUUACGGGCCUCCCAUAGCUGCUGCCAGGCCCCUAAUCUGCCAUGGGCCCCUGUACCGCCUCCUCAUGCUGCUGCCAGGUCCAGAGUCCUCAUGGGUCCCUGUACGGCCUCCCAUUGCUGCUGUCUCCAUCGCCACACUCUGCCAUGUGCCACUUUCAGGUCUCCUCACACACUGCUGGUGUGUUCAAUUUUUUGACAUAGGGUGCUG